AUGGAAUUCUCGCGGAGGAAAUCUCCCUCGGGAGACGAUCCAACGGAAAGAGGAGCGUGUUUGAGUAAACCGGCGACGCCGGCCAGCAACGACGGACGAGACAACGAAAAUAGCGAUUUGAUUGUGUACCAAAACGAUAUCUUGCGCGCCGGUGACGACCGAUGCGCGUAUAAAGUGCUCGGCAGUUUAGGAAGCGGGACGUUUGGACAAGUUUUGCGGGUACAGAAAGUGACUCAGAACGACUCACACGAAAGAAAUAACAACGACGACAGCAACGCGGACAAAGAGAAUGGGAAUAAAGUCUCGGCGUUGAAAAUAAUCAAGAACCAUCCGGCGUAUUUCCACCAGGCGCACGUGGAGAUUGGUAUUCUCCACAUGCUAAACACGAGGUGCGACCCAACCGGGGAGAAGAAAAUCGUAAAACUUUUGGACCAGUUUGUCUGUCACAACCACUUGUGUUUAGUUUUCGAAUUGUUGGACAUCAACUUGUACGAAUUUUUACGGAAGAACAAAUUCAGAGGGGUCUCGUUGCGAGUGCUGAGAGAGCUCAUGGUGCAACUGUUGAACGCUUUGGACGUGUUGAGAGAGGCGAACGUGAUUCAUUGCGACAUAAAACCAGAGAACAUUCUGUUGAAGUCGUUGUCGUCCACGGAGGUGAAAUUGGUCGAUUUCGGUUCCGCCUGCUUUCAAAAUAGAACGGUGUAUCAAUACAUCCAGUCGAGAUUUUAUCGGAGUCCAGAGGUUUUAUUAGGAACACCAUACGGGAUGCCGAUCGAUAUGUGGAGUUUAGGUUGCGUAGCGGCGGAAAUGUUUCUAGGAUUGCCGAUUUUACCAGGCGCGAGCGAGUUUGAUUUGUUGAACCGAAUGUGCGAAACGAUUGAACCGCCGCCGGAUUCGAUGUUGCACAAAGCGAGACAUCGGCACAAAUAUUUCGUACGAGAGAAUAACGGUAACACUAGUAACAACAACAACAACAACAACAGUAGCAGCAGCUUUUCAGAUAUGAAUCUAAACUCGGAAUCUGAUUCGGACAUGAUGAAGAAUAAAAACAACAUGGACGCCAAUGGAAACGGAGAGUCGAACUAUCGUUUGUUGAACUUACAACAAUACGAAGAACGUUCGGGGAAACGAGCCGCCGUAGGGAAGAGAUACUUCCACCAAAAGAAACUAGCUGAUAUUAUUUUUGGAGCACCGUAUAAGGAUCUCGGCGUGGAUGGUCCCGGAUCGAGAGAACGAGAAAACGCCAUCGAGGAACAAAGGCUCAUGCGCGCGUCGUUUUUAGAUUUCUUAUUCGGGAUGUUGACGCUCGAUCCAACUUCACGUUGGACGCCAAAACAAGCGCUGUUACACCCGUACAUAACCGGCGAGCCGUUCGAUGCGAAGAAUCCGUUUAAACCACCGUCGUGUAUGGAAACUACAUCGGAAGAAACGAGAAAAGAACAUCAACGGAGCGCGGCGAAAAUGGCGGCUGCGGUUUCGGAGAGCGCAAAGAGAGAAGUUACCGCGGCGAAGAAACCGAAGCAAACCGUCCAAACGCCGUUUCCAGAUUUCGUACCACCGCCUUUGGAGCAACAACCGGUUCCCGCCGGCAUUGCUGCGAAUGCAGCCGCUGUUAUUGCCGAGGUACCAGCAGCAGUUUCGGCGCAACAGCAACAACCGGUUGUCGGCGGUUUAGCCGCGGCGUUCGCUUCAGCUUCGGCAACCGCUACUUCUGUUGGAAAUACAAACUUUCUGCAAGCUCAACAAAUGCAAACAGCAGCAGCUGCAAACGCAGCCAUGGUGUCUCAAGCCUCCCCUGGUCAAACGCAAUCUGUUUUUGGCGUCGGAAGCUUUGGACAAAGUCCAGGCGGAACCCAGUUUUUGGGAAACCAUUUCGUCGGUUCUCCUCACGCCAUGAACUCCGCCGCGCUACAUCCGUUACACUUUGGACAAUCGCCACCGACUUCGCAAAUGCAGAACUUGUCCAUGCAACGACAGCACGCAGUUGCGGCGAAAGCAGCCGCGGCCGUUCAGCUUCCAGUCGUGUACGCUAGUCCUUUAGGUCCCGGUCGAGGGACGCUGGGAGGCGAGGCUUCCGCGGGCGGAAUGAACACCGCGUCGGAGGCGGCUCGAGCGGCGACCGCGGCACAAAACGCCUUGAACGUAGGAAAUAACAACUUGAUUCGUAACAACUUUGGCAUUAGCGGACAGUACAAAAUGCAACAAAGCGGCGAAAACUCGAGCGGCGGAAGCUCCUCUUCGACGUUUUCGGGCUUACCUCAAUCCAUGCCGAGACAAUCCGCCUCGGGUGGUUUCGGUGGGUCUGGUAACGCCGGUUGGUGGGGACCAGGUGUCGUUAGCGGCAACUCAGCGAGCAUAAGCAACAAAGAAAAAGGUGCAUUCUCGCCCAUGAGUCGCGUUUCUGGAUUCGCGUCCCCAUCAGGCGGUUCUGGUUUGAAAACUGUUAGAGAAGGCGGGGAGUACGUUCCAAACACUUCGCCUCCGCCUCAAAUGAACAAAGAAAUUGAUAUGGACGCGAACUGGGACCCUACGCUUUCAGAACCGUUGGAAGAUCAGCACCAACAGAACAAUAGUCAAACGACGACGACGGAUUUGUACAAGUACGCCUCGAGCGCUCCGACAGGCGGUUCGUUCAUGCAAGAGAAGAAGCGCAAAAGCGAUCGAUAA